AUUUCGCCAGCCAAGAGAAGCUGGCAGAGAUGGCCGAGCCUUCCUAUCUCCAAAGUGUUACUCUUAGCCAAGAAAGCCAGCUAAAGGAAGUAGUGCUCCACUUGUACCUUUACCAGAAUUCACAGGCACAGCCCAAGGGCAACCAAUGCCAGAUCGUAGGUUCAACUCGCCCUCAUGCUUUCGGUGCCACCGUUGUUAAUGACUGGACCAUACAUGAUGGUCCGAGCCCCACCGCAAACAUCGUUGCCCGUGCGCAAGGCCUGCAUUUACAGGCAGGCAUGACUGCAGGCAACUGGUUCGUUUGCCACAACAUAGUUUUCACAGAUGACAGGUUCAAGGGGUCAACCCUUAAUGUUCUUGGAAACAUAGAGGGACAAGAAGGUGAAUGGGCAAUUGUUGGUGGUACCGGAGAGUUUGCGUAUGCACAAGGUGUUGUCUCCUACAAACCAAUCACGAGCACCACCCAAGGGAAGGUCACGAGGGAGCUUCAUAUCCGUGCCCUGUGCAUCACCUUGCUAAAACCGCCGGCCCCUGUCGUGCCUACUGCCUCUACAGUGGCUGCCUCAUCUGAGAUGGUUGCCCAAGCAGUGGUGCCUCCACCGGCGGUGCCAGCCCCCCCAGUGCUGCCUACUCGCUCGGAGGUGGUGCCUACACCGGCGGUACCAGCCCUCCCAGUGCUGCCUACUCGCUCGGAGGUGGUGCCUACUCCUGUUGAUUUUCCAAUGGUGCUCACGAAAUAUGGUCCAUGGGGUCCUGAAAAUGGAAAAUAUAAGGACAUGCAAAACGAGUUGCCUCAAAGGCUCGUACGCGUGACCUUUUUUCACGGUCUUUACAUUUAUAUAAUGAGUUUCUCAUAUAUUGAUCAUUCGGGUGUCACGAAAUCAUGCCAAUUGGGAGGACGACCUGUCUCGGGGAGCAUGCCUAAAGAGAUGAAUCUUGAAGAUGGAGAGUUUGUGAAGAGCGUUUCGGGAACAACUGGACUCUUUGAUGGAGAUGCUCGACUAACGUCAGUCUCAUUUGUCACAAAUUUGCGGAGCUAUGGACCUUUUGGAAGAGAAGGGAAGCACGCUAGUUUCAGCACCCCUGAGCUCAACAACGAUAGUAGUAUUGUUGGCUUCUUCGGGUGGCAUGUGAGUAACUUCGCCAUCGACUCAACAAAUUAUCUCAGUUCACUCGGAGUUUAUGUGGCCUCACCACGUGCUACUUAGGAUCAAGCUGUUGACUGAAACAAAAUAAGGGCACGUGGUGCACUCAUCAAUAAAGUUGUACUGGUAACUGAUUUUCCAUUUUGCGCAUGUUUUUUUUUCCUUGUAAGAACAAUUAAUAAAGUUCCCAUUAUCAA